AUGCGUGACGGUGGAUUGGGAAAACUUCAGAAGAGGAUGAAGCGAUUCGGUGACACGUUGAACCCCGACGAUGCGUAUCUCAGCUUGACCAGAGAGGAUAUGCAAUCACUCAAGAAUGAUUGGCUCACCGAUAAUGUCAUCUCCUUUUGGGAGGAAUACCUAGAGCGCGAGUUCCUUGUACAGUAUAAGACGUCCAACAUUGUACUCCUACGACCCAGCAUGUCCUUUAUGAUCCUUCAAACCCCAAAUCCGACGUCAUUACGUGAGGCGCUACCAGACUUCACUCGCACAACGCAUGUCUUCCUCCCCAUCAAUGACUGUCGCAACGUCACCGAAGCAGAGGGCGGUACACAUUGGUCCCUACUGCUUAUAUCAAUCGUGGACGGGAUCGCAUUCCACUAUGACUCGCUUCCUCCGGGGAACUUCUGGGAGGCCCGUGCAGUGACAGCCAAAUUCGGGGUAUUGCUCGGCCGAGCCAUUCGGUUCAUUCAUCUAGAGGAUUCUCCGAUUCAGGAAAAUGGCAGCGACUGCGGCGUCUUUGUGUGCUUGAACAUGCGACAUCUGUUGCUGAAACGGUUGUUGACUGCCAAUGCCAGCGAAAAGAUCAGUAUGAGCCUUGGCGGGAGGAAAGUCGACGCUCGUGCCGGGAGAAAGGAAGUCGCCAAGAUCAUCGAUGGUUUCCGAAAAGAAGGCGAGCGACGCCGGUCUGCCAGUCUAAGUCCAUUGGGAAAGAAAUCAAAGAGCCCGCCACGAAUUGACUGA